AUGUCUCUGGUUCGAAGGAGGAAAGUCCCAGAAAAUGAACGAACCCAAGUUCCCGAUCCGAACCCAGAUGGGAAUGAGAAGGACAAGAAGAUAAUUGACAAUAAAAAUGAGAUUCAAAAAUCCCAGAAGCAGCAGAGCAAGUGGAAUUGUGUUGACAGUUGUUGUUGGUUUAUUGGGUGCACAUGCGUGGUGUGGUGGGUGCUAUUGUUUCUGUACAACAUGAUGCCUUCUUCGUUCCCGCAAUACAUGACGGAGGUUAUAACGGGGCCGAUGCCGGACCCACCAGGCGUGAAGUUGCAGAAGGAGGGAUUGAAGGCCAAGCAUCCCGUGGUUUUUGUGCCGGGGAUUGUUACCGCUGGGCUUGAGCUCUGGGAGGGACACCACUGUGCUGAUGGAUUGUUCCGCAAAAGGCUUUGGGGCGGGACAUUCGGGGAAGUUUACAAGAGGCCUUUAUGUUGGGUGGAGCAUAUGUCACUAGACAAUGAAACUGGUUUGGAUCCUCCUGGUAUAAGGGUCAGGCCUGUCACUGGUCUUGUUGCUGCAGAUUACUUUGCUCCUGGAUAUUUUGUCUGGGCAGUUCUAAUUGCUAAUCUUGCUCGGAUUGGAUACGAGGAAAAAACUAUGCAUAUGGCUUCAUAUGAUUGGAGACUCUCAUUCCAGAAUACGGAGGUGCGUGACAAGUCACUGAGCAGGAUAAAAAGUAAUAUAGAACUGAUGGUUGCUACAAAUGGUGGCAACAAGGCAGUUAUAAUUCCACAUUCAAUGGGUGUUUUGUACUUUUUGCAUUUCAUGAAGUGGGUGGAGGCCCCUGCUCCAAUGGGUGGAGGGGGAGGUCCAGAUUGGUGUGCUAAGCAUAUAAGGACUGUUGUGAACAUUGGGGGUCCAUUUUUAGGCGUUCCAAAAGCUGUCUCUGGGCUUUUCUCUGCCGAAGCAAGAGAUAUUGCUGUUGCCAGGGCUAUAGCUCCAGGAGUUCUGGAUACGGAUUUAUUUCACAUUCAAACUUUACAGCACAUAAUGAAGAUGACCAGGACAUGGGAUUCAACCAUGUCGAUGAUACCAAAAGGUGGAGACGCUAUUUGGGGUGGUCUUGAUUGGUCACCUGAGGAAGGCUAUGUUCCUAGCAAAAGGAGGCAAAGAAACAAUGUUACUAAUGAGGACGAAAAAAUUGAAUCUAAAGUAAAACGUGUCAAUUAUGGAAGAAUAAUAUCAUUUGGAAAAGAUGUGGCAGAGGCACAUUCUUCAGAGAUUGAGAGGAUCGACUUUCGGGAUGCUGUAAAGGGUAGCAAUGUUGCUAAUCACACAUGUCGUGAUGUAUGGACAGAGUAUCAUGACAUGGGUUUUGGUGGCAUCAAAGCUAUUGCAGAAUAUAAAACUUACACAGCCGGAGAUAUCUUAGAUCUGCUACAGUUUGUUGCCCCUAAAAUGAUGGAACGUGGUAGUGCUCAUUUUUCAUAUGGGAUAGCUGACAAUUUGGAAGACCCGAAGUAUCAGCACUAUAAAUACUGGUCUAAUCCAUUGGAAACAAUGUUACCAAAUGCUCCUGAUAUGGAAAUCUUCUCGAUGUACGGAGUUGGCAUCCCAACAGAAAGAGCUUAUGUUUACAGGUUGACUCCUGCAGCAGAGUGCUAUAUUCCAUUUCAGAUCGAUACAUCAGCAGAUGAUGAAGGCAGGUGUUUAAAAGAUGGUGUUUUUACUAUUGACGGGGAUGAGACAGUACCUGUUUUAAGCGCAGGCUUUAUGAAUGCGAAAGGGUGGCGUGGAAAAACAAGAUUCAAUCCUUCGGGAAUUCCAACAUACAUAAGGGAGUACGAUCAUGCUCCUCCAUCUAGUCUUCUUGAAGGCCGUGGCACUCAGAGCGGAGCCCAUGUUGAUAUAAUGGGAAAUUUUGCACUAAUUGAGGACAUUAUGCGAAUCGCUGCUGGGGCUAAGGGAGAAGAGUUGGGAGGCGAUCUUGUGUACUCGGACAUCUUCAAAUGGUCCGAGAAGAUUAAGUUACCUCUAUAA